AUGGCUCCUACCAAACAACAGCAAGCUCAAAAAGGACCGAAGAAGGGCGGAAAAAAGAAGACGUACAGACUGUUACUGAUUUGCUUAUUUUCUGUCUACUAGAGCCGAUCCUUUCGCCAAGAAGGAAUGGUACGAGCUGCGAGCUCCAUCCAUGUUCACGAAACGGAACUGUGCGCGUACCCUUAUCACCCGUACCCAGGGCACCAAAAUUGCUAGUGAGGGUCUCAAGGGACGUGUUAUCCAACUCAGCCUUGGUGACCUGAACGACAAGACACAGGAUAUUUUCCGAAAGUUUAGAUUGCAGGUCGAGGACGUUCAGGGUCGUCAAUGUCUUACUAAUUUCCACGGAAUGGAUCUCACUCGUGAUAAGCUGUGUGGUCUAGUAUUCAAGUGGCAGUCUACCAUCGAGGCUCACGUGGACGUCAAAACCACCGACGGUUACACUCUCCGAUUCUUCGUCAUUGCCUUUACGAAGAAACAAGAACAGCAAAAGUGCCAUGCUUACGCUCAGAACACCCGCAUCAAGAAGCUUCGAGCUAAGAUGGUAGAAGUUGUCCAAAAUGAGGUUGCCCGUUGUGACCUUAAAUCGGUUGUUCAAAAACUGUAAGACGCUCUAUGAAUUUUUACCAUCCUUAAGCAUCCCCGACUCUAUCGGCCAAGACGCCCGCAAAGAAGCCUCUAGGAUUUUCCCACUUAGUGGCGCUUAUGUGCGAAAGGUUAAAGUCCUCAAGAAGCCGAAACUUGACCGUAAGUUUUCCGAUUUCUUAAUUUCGUGUGUAGUCGGGCGUCUGAUGGAACUGCACGGCGAAGGCAAGGAGGAGGAGGCUGGCGAAAGCGUUGAACGAGCCGACCACUACGAGCCACCAGUUGUCAAUGCUGUUUGA